UUUGCUCCAAUACAGCAGGCGGCAGCAUUUUCUCAUCGUUUUGGGGUGUUAAAGAAGAAUGGUAGACACACAUGGGUCCUCAGUAACUUCAUCUUUAAAUUAUAAACCGAGUCGGUUUCAGCCCGGUGUGGAGGAACAGCGGCUCAGCGCGUUAGCUGGGUAGUAACGUUAGCUCGCUGUUUCAGACUGACUGGCUGCUCUUAAGCUACUUUAGCGUGUUGGUACAAACAGCUUCAAUAAAAUCAAACAGAACGCAAUGAGGGAUCAUAUUUAACGCUGGAGAAUGAAGAACCGAAGUGGUGGACACAUAGACCAACGACUGAAGCAGAGAGUCGAACAGUACCUGAAGUCCAAAAACAGUCAGUAUGUGGAUAUUGCUGGAAUGGCUGCUGACCUUCAGCAUCAGUUCAGAAUGGACUACGGCCGCCGCAACAGAACUGCCUUCAGAAUUCAGGUAGAAAAAGUGCAUGGAGUCAUAUGCAGUGAGUCUGGACUGUCUACUUUAGAAGACAAGCACUUGGCCAAAAGAGCAAGACGCAGCCAGGAUGAUGACGGCGAAGGCAGCAGCGUGCUGGAGGAUUCCACGGACAGCGAGGCCGAUAUCUCAGAGCAUGAGAAACCCAAUUACAUGAACAGCUCCCUGAUGUCCCUGUAUCGGAAAGGGAACCCGGAGAACGGGACCCCAUCCAAAGAGCAGUCCACCAGCAGCCCCAAUCCAGCCUCCCAGAAAGGUUCGUCAGCUGCCGGUGCUGGUGGGAGCUCUACUCCUCAUCGGUCUGCCACUGCUGUGUCUGCAGGUGGAUGGUUCAUUGAUAAGGCGGGAAACAAAAACCAAGAAAAUAUCAUGAUCGACUUGUGUGAGGAGGAGCCAGCCGGCUCUGCGGUAAACAAAGAAGCAGAUUUGUCAAUGCUGGAGUCUAAAAAGAAGCCAAAGAAGAGCACAAAGACAGGAAAACGAAAAACACAGAGAGAGCAAGAGAGCAAAGGCACAGACGCCGACAUUGAGGCAAGCAUAAUGGCAAAAAAAGCUCGGACCAGAGGCCCUGAACUUCAGCACUCCACAGUGAAGUUUGAAGACGUCGGCGGUAACGAAGAAACUCUCUCGGAGUUGUGUAAACUGCUUAUCCAUAUGCGUCACCCUGAAGUGUACCAGCAGCUGGGGGUAGUGCCCCCACGUGGGUUUCUCCUUCACGGGCCACCCGGCUGUGGGAAGACUCUUCUCGCCCAGGCUGUCGCUGGGGAAAUGGAGUUGCCCAUGUUGAAGGUUUCUGCUCCAGAACUCGUGUCAGGUGUUUCGGGGGAAUCGGAACAGAAGCUACGCGAGCUGUUUGAGCAGGCUGUGAGCAAUGCUCCCUGCAUUCUGUUCAUCGAUGAGAUCGAUGCAAUCACCCCAAAAAGAGAGGUGGCCUCCAAAGACAUGGAGAGAAGAAUUGUUGCCCAGUUACUCACCUGCAUGGAUGACCUGAACUCAUUAUCUGUACCAGCGCAGGUCUUAGUUAUUGGGGCCACAAACCGGCCAGACGCUCUGGAUCCAGCUCUGAGAAGGGCGGGCCGUUUUGACCGAGAGAUCUGUCUGGGUAUUCCUGACGAAGGGACACGGCUCAGGAUCCUUAAAACUCUCUGUCGGAAGCUCAAGCUGCCUGCGGACUUUGACUUCCGGCAGCUUGCACGGCUCACGCCGGGGUACGUGGGAGCAGACCUGAUGGCCCUGUGCCGAGAGGCUGCCAUGAGCGCCGUUAACCGUGUUCUGCUGCAGCGGCUCGACACCAAAACACCUGCUGCUGAUGUUAUGGACAUCUCUCCACCCGUGCAAGAGCCACCGACACCAGAAACACCCAACCAGGCAGCCAGCGCUGACCCUCCAACCAGUCAGAGCAUCACAGACGAUAUCCAACAUGACGUCAACACAGAGUGCCAAGAUAUGAGUGUCUCUACCAAUGCAGCAGACGGAGAGAGUAUACAAGCUUCUGAUUCCUUAAUGGCACAACAGGGGGAGCUAGUGCAGCUGCUGGCUCUGCUGAAGAAAAGCGAGUCUCUGAGUGAAGAGCAGCUUGCUGGUCUCUGCAUCCUGAUGGAUGACUUCAAGGCCUCGCUGACCAGCGUCCAGCCUUCAGCCAAGCGCGAGGGCUUUGCCACAGUGCCUGACGUCACAUGGGACGACAUAGGGGCCCUGCAGGACAUUCGCGAGGAGCUCACUAUGGCCAUCUUGGCCCCUGUCCGCAGCCCAGAGCAGUUCAGAGCCCUGGGUCUGAAUGCCCCUGCAGGAGUGCUGCUUGCUGGACCCCCAGGCUGUGGGAAGACCCUGCUGGCUAAAGCAGUUGCCAACGAGUCUGGUUUAAACUUCAUAUCCGUCAAGGGCCCCGAGUUAUUGAACAUGUACGUUGGCGAGAGCGAGCGGGCCGUACGCCAGGUGUUCCAAAGGGGAAGGAACUCUGCCCCCUGUGUCAUCUUUUUCGACGAGAUCGAUGCCCUUUGCCCCAGACGCUCUGGUCAUGAGUCUGGAGCCAGCGUCCGUGUGGUCAACCAGCUGCUGACGGAAAUGGAUGGCCUGGAGACACGCCGCCAGGUGUUCAUCAUGGCCGCUACCAACCGGCCAGAUAUCAUCGACCCUGCCGUGCUCAGACCAGGCCGUCUGGACAAAACCCUGUAUGUGGGUUUGCCUCCACCAGCAGACAGGCACGCCAUCUUGGUCACCAUUACUAAGGGAGGUACUAAGCCUCGUCUGGAGUCAGAUGUGAGUUUGGAGGCAAUUGCCCAUGACGAACGGUGUGACUGCUUUACUGGGGCUGACCUGUCUGCACUGGUGAGAGAGGCUUCAGUUAACGCUUUAAAGGCUCACCUCUGCUCUCAGACCUCUCUCACACACACAGAGCACACAUUCUCCUCUGGCUCUGUUAAAGACAUAAAGGUCAGCAGGCAGAAUUUCGAAGAGGCCUUCAAGAAAGUACGGCCGUCCGUGUCCAAAAAGGACCAGCUAAUGUAUGAGAAACUGCGGGAAUCUCUCACCAGAUAGCCGAGAUUGGGAUGCCUGGGAAUCAAGCGGACGCGCAGGUACUCUACUGGUUUGGAUGGCAACUUUUUUUUUUGUUUUUUUUUUUACUCUGAUUUGUAACAAUGGACGUAAUAUAAUAGUGACCUCAUUACAUGAGGGCCAUGCAGAAAUAAUAAAAAAAAAAAUUGGGUCAAAGUGCUAUAAUAACUUCUUUUGUAUGUUCUGAUAAUAAUAAAUAAUUAAUAAAUACUUUUCACUAACAUUUAAUCUAAAGCUACCUGGAUAACAGCCUGGAAUCACCACACAUAUAUGAGCAGAGCACAACUGAACACACUGUUUUUUAAUUUAAUAAUUUAGAAAGUGUUGUGAGUGAGAAUAAUCAAUUUUUAUACAAGCGGCCUUCGCACCUCUGCUGCAAAUGAAGACAUAAACUCUUUUUAGCAGCUAACGUUUAUGACCAAUUGAGCCAAAAGUGGAGCGCAAAUGUUAUAACUUGGCCCAUAGCAGGGGGUUAAUAGUAACAGAUGGAGAGUUUUAACAGUUGCUAAAAAGUCUGCUAAUUCAAUAGUUCUUUCAAGCUUUCCAACCUAAAAAUGUAAAAAUAUAUGAAUCAAAAUACGAACAAUUAAGGAAGAGAGCGUCAAACAUGGCAGGCUUAUUUUUGAUUAAUUAUAUAAAUCUAUAGUACAUUGUUGAUGAAUCCUCACAUAAAAACUUCCCAAAAAAGUGAGUCCUGUUUAAAUUUAUAUUAUAUAAUUUACUUUAGGGAUCUAACAUGGUUACAACUAAGCCCAUCUUCAGCAACAGUUCCGCCUGUUCUUUAGGUCUCACUGGAUUGUUUACAGGCUUUAAAAUAGCAUCACAUUACAGCCAUCAAGAAGGCAAAUAAUAAUAAACGUGAUUUAUAUGCAGAACUUGGUAACUUAUAAACAUUUAUCAUGAAAGAAAAGCUAUUUGUUUUUUUUAAACAAAUAAAUAAGCUAAAUCUUGAGAAAUGUCUAUUCGAUUCCUGUCAAAAUUGGCAGGUGAGUUUGCUGUGAGAAUACAAGAUGACCAAAAUCAUGCUCUACUUGAACCUGUUUAACUGAUAAACUGAUAAAUUUGAUUGUUUUUUGUAAAAUAUUUGCCCAUUUUGAAUUUGAUGCCAACACGUUCCAA